ACGAGCCGUGCGCCCUGCACAGAUCCUAAACUUCAACACGGUUCCUGUCACGUUCCUGCUGGAAAUAGCAGCUUUUCUCCAUUUAGCCCUGCCAACAAUUAUCUUGUUUUGUUUGCGGUGACACCUGAAUAUGACGUCGCGUGUUCAAUUAGCCACAGAAGAGCGUGUCACUGCAUGUUUUGUGUCAUAUAAAGCAGCCGUGCUGCUUUUAUGUCAGCACAGUAUGAGAUGUGGAGGUGGUCGUGUCUGAUUCUUCAGCCAUCUUCAGACUUUCUGUUGUGCCGGACUCAUUUCUACCUGAGAGUCUAGGCAAAUCUGAGCACCGUUUGAGAUCUCUUCUGGAACUCUAUAGAGGAGACCUAACAUUACUGAUGUCUUAGAAGAAGAUUACCUGUAUGGAAAUGAGAAACAAUUGAGAAAUAAAUAUUUGUGACUUCUUUCGUAUGGGAUCCUCUCACGUUCAGUGUUUCAUUUUGGAGCAGAGAAGAUGAGUGAAAGAUCUCUGGUGGAGUACGAGCUGCAGUCGACUGUUUCGGAGCCCGGGGCCACAGCGGGGCUCCUGCCGGCCCCUGACACAGAGCAGAACACAGCGCUGUGUUUCGUUGGACUCCUGCUGGUGUUUUUAAUCUUUCUGAUGGUUCGCUGUUUCCGGAUUCUUCUGGAUCCCUACAGCAGCAUGCCGUCCUCAUCCUGGUCUGACCACAAAGAUGGAUUUGAGAAGGGACAGUUUGAUCACGCGCUGGUGUAACACUUUAGGAUUGAUUUUAAAAAAUACAAAGCACUUUAAUGUUGCCUUCUCAAAUGACAAAGAUUAUCACAGCAUUCAGAUGCUGUCCUGGAACAUUGCUGCCUACAUGAACAUGAAUGUGAUCAGAUUCUGGCAACGUCUGGGUUUUCUGUGUGAUGUGUUGCACUGUGCACAUAUUGAAAGCAAAUUCAAAGGGAUGUAUAACAUACCAAACACAACAUUUAACAUUUUGUUGAAAUUCACUUCUUGUUCUAACAGCCUUUCUGCUCUCAAUCUUUAUAUUUUGUUUAUUGUAGCAUGCAUUUAUUCUGUGCUUUUGGCAUUGUUAUCAUGUGUUUACUGCAAAAAAUGACUUUCUUACUUAGUAUUUUUGUCUUGUUUUGAGCACAAUUUUUUCAAGAUUCUUAAAUCAAGAUGUAUUUUCUUGAUGAGCAAAAUGACCUAAGAAAUAAGUCUAGUUUUUAGACAAAAAAAACAUCAAAUUUAAGAGAAUGUGUGCUUAAAAUAAGCAAAAAAAUCUACCAUUGGGGUAAAAAAGUCUUUUUAAACACAAAUUUACCGAGCCCCUAAGGUGACAUUGGAGUAAAAAAAAAUCGAAAGUUUAGUUUCGUGUG